GCAACAGAACAGACACAAAAAAAGGGAGAGAGAGAAAUUAAGAGAGAAAAAAGAUUGAAAAUGGCGGUGAUGGAGAAGCUUAAAAUGUUCGUUGUUAAUGAGCCUAUUGUUGCUGCUUCAUGUCUCAUCGCUGGCGUUGGCCUGUUCCUUCCUGCUGUGGUGAAACCUAUGCUGGACUCAUUUGAACCAUCCAAGAAAGUUCGUCAACCUGCUUUAAACGAUGUGGUUGCAGGUAUGACUGGUAAAAAUCAGUAGUGAUUAUUAAAAGGGGAGAAUUCAACCCUCAUGUCUUCAAAAAUAAACAAGAGCACUAUUGUUCAAGGUAGACAUUAGUUGUUCUUCAAAUUUGUUUUGCCUUACCUACAUUCAUAUCAUUAUGAGUUAAUAAAGUUUCAAUUUGUCGGGUUUAAGUAAACGUUUUCUUUUUUGUUUUUGCUUACACUUCAAUUGCCAUCUUUCUUGGCUUCCGGUUGAUGUAAGGCAUGUGCAUUAACAAUCUCAAGUCCAAGCCUAGUUC